UUUAUUAAUUUCUACAUUUUCGUAAAAUUUUCCCAUUUUCAACAGGUCUUCAAUCGCCUACAAGAAUUGGACGAAAAACGUACACGUGGCAUACGAGAAUUCAUCAUAGAAUCUGCAAAUGUAGAAUCUAAUGUUGCACCCAUCAUAGGCAGAUGUUUAGAAGGUAUUGUAAAAGCGGGCGAAGCGAUAAAUGAAAGAGAAGAUUCUUAUAAAGUUAUAGAAAGAUAUCAAUCUGGUUUUACACCACCACAAGAUAUUCCCUUCGAAGAUUUAUCGAAACAAGAUACCCUUGAUUCAUCACAAGAUUCCCACUAUAAUCAUCCAAUACAGUCGAGUCAUUUAACCGUUAAGGGUACACUUAGUGCCAAUAAACUAAAGAAACGUGUGGGAAUUUUUAAUAUAUUUGGCAGUAAUAAGGUAAGAUUCGUUGGUUUAUGAAUUUAAUGAAAAAUA